UUCAUUUGAGAGAGGAGUAAACACUUACGAAGAUGAGGAGGAAAAAAAAUACCAAGAAUUUAACAGACCGACUGACUGCAUCAUUAACGUGAUCAGAGAUCACAGAUCAGAGAGAGAAACAGGAUGAACACUGGAUACGUUCUGCUUUUUUUCAUCAUUCCCAUUUCUUUGGUAGGAUGUUAUGAGAAACAUCACCCAAAGAUGAGUUCAGGUGUUCAGCAGAAUGCUACACACCGUCACUACAGAGCUGUGGAAGGAGAACUCUUCAUGAUGCCAUGUAUAACCUCUGUUCACCUGAACGAGGCUGUAGCGUGGUCCAGGACUGAUGAUUGCGAGGAAGUGACGGUUGGCAAACACAACGAUCUUAAACUCCUGAGGGUUGAAACAAAACACUCUGGAAAAUACUCAUGCAUCACAGGUGGUUUUUUUCAUCUACAGGUUGUGAAGAAAACCAGUCUGAGAUGUUCUGAUCCAAAGGAGAACAGUGUAACGUUUGUGGUGGCUCAAGGUGGAGACAUCCCCUGCCCCGGUCGCAACUGCAGCGACAACACAAACAUCGACUGGUACAAGGGUCACAAACCUGUGUCUGAAAUGGGGAGACACUCCAAGAAGAAGGACGGGAUGUUGUAUCUCGGUUCAUUCCGUAAAAAUGAUAAUGCUGUUUUUUUCUGUGAUAGAAAGAUAACUGAUGGAGGAAUCACAUGGGUUUUCAGAAGGUCUGUUCAAGUCACAGUCAUACGAAUAAUUGUCGACCCUCCAAGGAUAACAUAUCCUGAAGACAACAAGACAGAGGAAGUGGAGCUUGGUAGGAAUCACACUCUAACCUGUGAGGUGUACGUUCCCUGUGAGAGACGGACAGAGGCACAUGUGGAAUGGUACAUUAAUUACAACGGCAGCAUGGUGAACAUGACGCAGCAUGAGCCAAUAAUGGAAAGUGUGUAUGUUGAGCUGAAGGUCAUACGGAAGGUUGUCAUAAAAGAUGUAACUUUGCUGGACUUGAAUCACACAUACACCUGCGUCGCCACAAAUAAAGUUGGAUCAGACCGCGCCACUGUCAAGCUCAAGAAGAAAACCAAAGUAAAAUGGCAGACACUGGUUGAGUACGCUGUUGGGUCUUUGCUGUUGGUAGCUGGGCUUGGAUUUGUUUUGCGUGUGAAAUGGCUGGAGCUACAACUGAUCUACAGAUCACGCUGGCAAUAUGAAAAGCACGAUGGAGCUGACAAAGAGUUUGAUGUGUUUCUGUCUUACGUGAGGAGCCCUCCGUCUGCACAGAUGGAAGGAGGUUCAAAACCUUCGUCCUCAUCAGGACCUGAACAUGUAAAGCAAACUGCAGUUUGUCCAUCUAUCAUGGAGCCUCUGAAGAUGGAGAACGCCACCAGGAGACCACUAGAGGUACUGCUACCCCAAGUGUUGGAGGAUCAGUGGGGGUAUCGCCUCUGUCUGCUGGACAGAGAUGUGCUUCCUGGAGGAGCAUUUACAAAUGAAGUGGCACAUGCACUACAGCAGAGCCAGAUGCUGAUCUGUCUUCUGUCAGCUGACUACCUGUCCGACAGCAAUGCUGUGUUUGUGCUGGAAUCAGGAGUUCAGGCUCUGCUGCACAAGUGGAACCUAAAAGUGCUUCUAAUAUGGACCAAUAGAGACUCAACAUCCCUUAUCCAGUUGGAUCCACCACUGCCUACACUCAUCCAAAGGGCCUUGAAGGUGCUGCCCUGUCUGGACUGGACCCUUGGAAGACCUCCAAGCACCACUGGCAACUUCUGGAAGUCUUUGAGGAAGGUCAUGCCCUCUCACAAAGUACAGUCAGUAAAAGGGUGAUUUUUAAUGUGGUAAAGAUGAACCGUCAUGGUGCUAUAGCAAUAAGAUCUUCCAUCCAUUAGUAAAAACCAUCACGUUCCUCCUUUAAUCUACACAUAAAUGCAAUGUGACCACUGAAUGUAGCUGAUACACAAUUGUUUAAAUUGUUAAAUAUAAUUUAUCUGGCAGCUCGGAUUGUUUCUCUUUAUGGCUGUUUGUAUGACAAUUUUUGUUGUGAAUAUUAGAUGCAGUUGGUACAAUCACCAAUUAUUUAUUCAGAUAGGAAUGAUAGCAUAUGAAUGAACAGAAGGAUGUUUGGUAUCGAAUUUAAAUAUAUUCAUAUGUAUUAUUUAUUUGUAUUUAUAGUACUUUAUAUUUUGUUUCACAAGUGUAUAUUUUCUGUUUUGUAUUUGCGGUCAACUGACAGAUUUCUCCAUAGUGGGAUUAAUAGUAUAUAUUAUUUUCAGUUUCAUGUGUUGUAUGUUAUACAUCAGUCAGUGAGGAUUAUUAUUGUCAUUGUAGAAACAAAAAUAAAUACAUACUGAAAAAAACUCACCUGUCCAGUGUACUCUUCAUCAGCUGCCUGAAGCCAUUUAACCAGCAACACACAACAAAACACAGUUCAUCCAAAACUUUUAUUUAACUGGAUAUUAAAUGUUUUGUUGAUAAAACUGGUCAGUGAAGUGGUAUAAUUAAUUUGGUUGACUGAGCGUAACAGUUAAGUAACUCAGAGGAAUUCAAAGUUUAACAUUUGAUCAAGACUUUCCAUCAAAACAGUUUUAGGGACAAAAGUAACUGACAGAGGUGCCACAUUUAUCUGUCCUAGAUGAACUACAAGGAUAUGGGCUUUUUAUUUGAAGACCAGGUUACCUGAUCUCAUU